AUGGUGGCAAGUAUAGUGAUGUUCGUCACGAAUUCCAGAUUGUUCCAAACAGAGCCAAUUAUAAAGUUCAAAUCUAUUUCACCCAUGGCCCAAGACAGGAAUGACAGAGGAGUCAUGAGCAAAAACAAUACAAUUCAGGGCCAACCAACAUCGCGAAUUGCUAUUGUCCCUUCUCAGUCAUUGAAGAGUGUAGAUAAUGUGGUAUUUAGUACUAGUCCCACCAUCAUGAAUAACUCAUCGGAAAAUGAAAUACAUACGACAUGUGCAAAGAAAAUAAAAGGGAUGAAUAUCUCAGACAGUGAUAUACAAAGAGAAUUGAAUUUAACGAAUUCUGUAUUGGAACCCGAUUCCAAUUUUACAUCGCUUAACUGUACGAGAUUCACUGCUGAUCGAGGAUAUAAAUAUAAACCGGUUACAAAAGAAGAGCAAGAUUUCCCAUUGGCUUUUGGAAUCCUGAUGUAUUCAUCCGCGCACCAAGUUGAACAGUUACUCCGGACUAUUUACAGACCACAUAAUAUCUACUGCAUACACGUGGACAGAAAAUCACCAGCUGUGUUACACAGAGCAAUGGAGUCGAUAAGUGGAUGUUUUGAUAAUGUAUUCAUAUCAUCACGUCUUGAAAAAGUUAUUUACGCCUCGGUUUCGCAGAUACAUGCUGAGAUGAACUGUCAGCGAGAUGUGUUAAAACGAAACAAAAAAUGGAAAUAUUUCAUUUAUUUAACGGGACAGGAAUUUCCAUUAAAAACCAAUUUAGAAAUAGUACAAAUAUUAACAGAAUUUCAUGAUCUAAAUGAUAUCGAUAUUUUAAAGCGUACACCACUUCUAGAUGUUAAUUACAAAUUUAGAAUAGAGAAAGGCGGCAUGCACAGAACUGGGCAUAUGAAGACUGAGCCAUGCCCCAUAAAAACAAUUAAGAAAGGUAUAGUUCAUACAGCCUUGUCGCGGAAGUUCGUCGAGUUUUUGCACACAAGUGUUAUUGCUAAACGGUUUUUGGAGUGGUUGAUUGAUACACACGGUUCAGAUGAAUAUUUCUUUUACAGUUUGGCUUAUCUUCCAGAAGCCCCGGGUGGGCCUGGACAAGUCAAUUUAACACACUCCAUCAAGGCGCUGUCAAGACUCAUGGUAUGGAAGCAUCAUAACGCCACUCAAUGUAAUGGACAAUAUGUACGCAAUAUUUGUAUAUUUUCGUGGCGUGAUCUUGCAUGGCUGGUUACUCAACCGCAUCUCUUUGCCAAUAAGUUCAAUGUACAGUAUGAUAGCUUAGUUUUGAAGUGCUUAGAAGAAAUUAUUAAUUAUCGCACAUUCCAUCCUAAACCAGUAAACAUAACUUUGUAUCAAGAAUACGUCAACACACGUACUUGGCUUGAUUAUGGUAAACCUCAACCCUGGCUGUUAUAG